CAAGAGCACAGACAACUGGGGGGCACUCGCCGAAGAGGUGGCGGAAGGGGAGGGGACGGCUACUCCUAAAACUGCCCUGGAUUAAGACGGCGACCUUUAUCACAGGUUCAUCCCAGAGAUUGAUCUAGAGAAGACUGCUAAGCCGAUGUCCUGAGCUGAAGGAGCUGACUUCGUCUUCUGCUGGUUCCUUGUCUAAGCUUGUUACCUCAGUCCUAGCGUGCUCUCCACCAGUCAUCAACUACCACCACCACCAACAACCAAAGCCCACAACAACCACCUUCUGCCCCACCCCCCUCCUGCCCCAGCCUGCCGUCGUCAUGACGUCGGAGCUGGAGAGUAGCCUGACUUCCAUGGAUUGGCUGCCUCAGCUGACCAUGCAGGCGGCCAUCCGCAAGGCGGAUGCCCAGAAUGCUCACGGACCAGGGAUGGGCAAGAAGAGCACCCUACUGGACCCGAACACUACGCUGGACCAGGAGGAGGUGCAGCAGCACAAGGAUGGCAAACCACCCUACAGCUACGCCAGCCUCAUCACCUUCGCCAUCAACAGCUCGUCAAAGAAGAAGAUGACCCUGAGCGAGAUCUACCAGUGGAUCUGUGACAACUUCCCCUACUACAGGGAGGCGGGCAGUGGCUGGAAGAACUCAAUACGGCACAAUCUGUCAUUGAACAAGUGUUUUCUCAAAGUGCCUCGCUCCAAAGAUGACCCAGGGAAGGGCUCCUACUGGGCCAUCGACACCAACCCAAAAGAAGAUGCCCUGCCCACUCGGCCGAAGAAGAGGCCGCGGUCUGGGGAGCGGGCUUCCACGCCGUACACCCUGGAAUCGGAGUCUUUGGGGAUGGAGUGUAUGAUCUCUGGAAGUGCCUCUCCAACGCUGGCAAUCAACACUGUGACUAACAAGGUGGCGUUAUACAACACAGACCAGGAAGGGAGCGACAGUCCGAGAAGCAGCCUUAACAACAGCCUGUCUGACCAGAGCCUGGCCUCUGUCAAUCUCAACAGUGUGGGCAGCGUGCACAGCUACACACCGGUAACCAGUCACCCAGAACCCGUCUCACAGUCUAUGAACCUCCAGCAGCCCCCCCAGCCCCAGUACAACAUGCCAGAGAGGGACAAGCAGCUUCUGUUCUCUGACUUUGAAGAUCUCAGUGCCUCCUUCCGCAGCCUUUACAAGUCUGUCUUUGAGCAGUCCUUCAGCCAGCAGGGUCUGAUGGGCAUGCCUUCGGAUACCUCCCAGCAGACCCACACCUCUUGCUCCUAUCAGCACUCCCCAAGUGGUACCAUCAGCACUCAGAACAGCCUGUCAAACAGCCACCCCAACAACCACCCCAACAGCCACUCUGGUGGCAGUGGCCAGGUGCCCCUGUCUCACCCGGCCCAGGCCCACCCCGGCCAUGGCUCCCCUCACACGCAGCACCUCACGCAGCACGGCGGCCCACACAAUCAACACAGCCAACACAGCCAGCACCAACACCAACAGCACCCCCAGCAACCCACACACCCCCAGCAUGGGCAGCACCCAUCCCACGGCCAGCACCCACAGCAGCACACGCCACACCCCUCCCAACAUACGCAGCACAGCCAGCACCCCUCCCAACAUGGCCAGCAGCACCAGAGUCUCUCCCACCAGCCCCAUCCUGCCCAGCAACAGAUGGCCUGCAACACGGGUUUACCCUCUGACUGGUACCCCAAUCUGGAUGCACUGAAAGAAAGCUGUCGCAUUGCCAGCAGCUAUAACUGGGCUGAUGUCGAUCUAUCACCUUAUCAAGGACUGAAGGAGAGUAUGAGACAAGCAGAACUGAACAACUGGUCCCUGGAACCCACCCAGAUUGCAGACCUCUGCUCAUCCAUUAACCAGUUCUUUGCCCGAACUGGCGUAAUCCAGCCACAAGGGGCAGUGCAGUCUCAAGUAUGCCAUGGCUCCAUGCACCCCCCCAAGCCCAGCCAGCACCUCAACACAGGAAAUAUCUACAUGGACUCCAGACAGAGUAUGUCCAUGAUGGCUCCGCCAGGAUACCCUCACAUCCCCCCUAUGAGCAGCGCAGGACCCACAAUGACAGGACACCAUGCGCAGAUGAACCAGCAGCACAUGAUCCCCACCAGAAACUUCCAGAUGCACCGCAUGCCAGCUGAUGACAUCCAGGAUGACUUUGACUGGGACUCCAUUGUCUAGCGCUGGACCUCCCUUCCACAGAGAGGAGGGAGAAGGAGGAGGGGAGGGACGGAGGAGGUGGAAGCCGGAGGGUGCCAGGCUCAGCUGGACGGCCUUGGGAGAAGGAGGCCAGCAGGGGUGGGAUGCAGAAAAAACACUCUUGACACAUUUAGGAGCGACGGAGAGACAGACUUCAGAGUCCUGACAUUUUUACAAAAGCAAAACGUUUUAAAAAAAAAAAUUUCUUUGAAGACAAUCAUAUUUAGUUGGACAUGUUUAAGUAAUUGCUUAUUUACUUGUCAAGAGACAAGUAGCACACGUUCAUGUCUAAGACACGUGCUCCUCGACUCCUCAGCCAGUCCCCUCCCCAUCCCCCAGCCAGCAGCCUUCCAAAGUUGCCCCUCUCCACCCCUUCCCUGCUCCGUAACCGUUGUGUGAUUUGAGCGACUUGUUCGGCUUGUAACCUUUCUCGUGCUGACGUUGGCCUCAGCUGCCUCUUGAAUGAGUUUCUCUGUUGUUGUUUUUAUUUUAUUUUUUUUCAAUUUUGUUUUUAUUUUAUUUCUUUUUUUCUUUCUUUUUUUUUGUUUUUUGUUUUUUUGUUUUUUUUUUUGUUUUGUUUUUUGUGAAUGCAGGGUGCCUCUCCUGCGUGGGCCGAGUAAUGUGAUGGUGCUUGU